AUGGAAACUAACAAGGCAAUUGAUAUAGCCGUAUUAAAAAAUAAUAAUGAUUUAGAUUUACCAAGAUUAAACAAAUAUUAUCGCAGUGCUUGGAGGUCGUUAGAGUUGGAUAAUUCAAAGCUAGAUCAACGUUGUGACUUUCUUCAAAAUAAAUUUAAAAAUGAUAACUCCUUUAAUGAAAGUGAAAAAACGUAUUUACUUUCUAAGCUUGGAGAAUAUCAAGAAAAAGUUAAUCUAGUAAAUAAAGCAGGCAAAUCUAGGCGAUGUGAUGAUUGUCAUAAUUUGACUUAUUCUAUUCAGAAUUCAGUUCGAGACGCUCAACAAAAUGCUCUCUGUUCAUACCAAAUUAUUCGAGGCGGCUGUGCUACCAUUUAUAAAGCAGUUUGGAAAGAUAGUUGUUAUGAUACUUGCUCUGAUAAGGAUAAGAAUAACCUUGAUUGGUUUGAUGAAGCUUUACACCAUUUCACAAUUGAUAAAAUUGCCCAAUAUCUUGUUCCUUGUCAUCGAUUAACAAAAGAUCCGAAUACUGGCAAUUUUAUGCUA